AUUAGUGGAUCGAUUACUUUCAGAUCUGAGAAACUUAAGACUUAAACUUGUGGAUCAAUUUGCAUAAUCAUCUCUAAAAAGAAUGGAGAAGGAAUUGGAUUUAACACUGAGGUUGGGUCUGCCAAGUCCUGCUAUUGAGACACAUCUGAGCUUAGACACUCCUACCACUAAUCAGGGGAUCAACAUCGACGAUGGCCGCCGAGACAACGACGCCGGUGGUGAGAAUCACGAACGUCACAUCGACGUCAAUAUGAGAUAUUACAAUUUAGUCUUCAACCACUUCGCCGGCAUCCGUGAGACCUUGAACUUCACUCCUUUUCCGAUACAACCGUCUCCCUAUUCUUCUCCGGCGCCGACGCCGGCGACUCCUACGAGGAGUGAUUAUGUUCUGAUCGAUGUCCCUGCUAGGAGAGCAGUUCGUAGCUCUUUGGCGACUGGAAACGCUCUGAACGCAAACGCAGACGCAAACGCUAAACAGCGUCGCGGCUGCGGCGGCUGUUGUGGUGGAAGGAUUGGCUGGAUGAGGAAAUGUACGAACUUGAAUUGCAACGCGAUUGACACUCCUAUGUGGCGGAGGGGUCCUCUUGGUCCCAAGACUUUAUGCAAUGCUUGUGGGAUAAAGUUCAGGAAGGAGGAAGAGAGGAGGUCCAAGAGGAGUUAAUUGGUGAUUUGGUGUUGUAUUUGUAUUUGAUUAAAAAUUAAAGAGAGAGAGAGAGAAGAUGAUUGUUAUUUAGGAAUGUCUAUGUCUCUGAUUAAGCUUUGUGAGAGGAAAGCUAAA